AUGCCAGCUUUUUCCAAAGAGGCCGUCAAAACGAAGACCGAUAAUUGCAGAGAUCGGAAGCGCGCAGCGUCGCUGAAUAAUUGGGUGGCCAAACCGUGGGUGAAACAGUUCUUGAAAGAAGCUGCACAGAAGCACCUCCAGAAGUUUCACAACACGUGUGCAACCCUUCGACGUGAGAAGGCGGACCUUUCAAAGCAGGUCAAGACCCAGCGCAAGGAGUUGUUUGUCAUGCGUCGCGACAAGUUCGUGGCCGAGCGCGCGGCCGAGAACAACCGCAAGGCCUACGAGAGGGCCACGACGGGAAAGGACAAACUGGACGGCGUGGUGGAGGAAGCAGCGCGCCUCAGGCAACAGCUGCGCAAGGCCAGAGCCGAGGGCAGAGCGGAGGGCGCGGCCGCGGCCAAGAGGGAGGCGGCGAAGGAACACAACAGCUUGCAGAACGCACUCUGGGAGAAUAAGGCCAAGUACAACAAACUCCUCUCGGAGAAGUGCCGCUUCCUCGCGCUGGCCACCGCCGCGCAGAGGGAGAACUACUUCGAGCUGGCUAAGUGCCACCAGAUAACAGGUCACAGCAGCAACAUUGAGAACACAUACUUGCGCCUGGAUGAAGCGAGGAUGAAGUACGUGCUCAAAAAGGAAAGGACAAUUCGCUUUGGCUCGGUCGAGGAAUGGAGCGACAUUGAAGCCGAUGAAGUCGACUUGGGCAAAGAGGACGACUGGAGGAAGACGGACAAGCAGAAACCAGUUCAAUGGGAGCAGUGGGGAGGCAUCGUCGAGCGCGGUCGGCCGCAUGCGCUGGCGCUGACUAGAUUUGAUCCGCGCCGCGCGACUCGUCGCGCCCCAGGGCCAGGGCCAAUUCGCAAGCGGGAUGGAAGCCGACCACCAGGAAGCAUUUGGAGAAUACCAACGUGGUUUUGCAUACCGACGGCGCCCGCGCAUACAGAAUGCGCAACCCCCGGUGUUAUUCGCGACAACGUGGUGCAUUGCAAGAAAAAGGUCGUCUUUAAAGGAAAGACAGUAUGGGUGAAACCGAAGUACUCAGAGAUUAAGAAGCACAUUCUUCCUGGCAGGCAGCACCUUUCUGCGAAAACAGGCGCGCAGAUCAUCGACCGUUUCUGGUCCCACUUGAGAGCGCACCUGGGCAAGCGCGCGCGCAAGGUCAACAACGUAUCCAUGUGUCGACGUAUUCGUUCUGCUCAGUGGACGCACUGGGAGAAAGGCCAGGACCUGUGGGUCCGCGCAGGUGAGAUGCUGAGGGCUCUCUAUUGA